AAUGAGAAGCCGUUGACGCUCGCCGCUCGCGCGGUGGGACACUUGCUGUGGAGAAAAGGAUCCAGAGGACAGAGAGGGACCGAGCGAGUGGACGCAGAUCCCGACGAGCACAAGCGAUCAUCCGUACUCGACCCACAACAUCCAGAAAUGGCUUCAAAGUGUCCCAAGUGUGACAAGACGGUGUAUUUCGCUGAGAAGGUGUCGUCACUGGGGAAGGACUGGCACAAGCUGUGUCUCAAAUGCGACCGCUGCAACAAGCUGCUGAACGCCGGAGGCCACGCUGAGCACGAUGGGAGACCUUACUGCCACAAGCCGUGCUAUGCUGCCCUCUUUGGACCAAAAGGCGUGAACAUCGGUGGGGCAGGCUCCUACGUGUACGACGCUCCAGCCAACAACAACAACCAGUCGCCCACCUGUGUGGACUCGGCCGCCAAAGCUGAGGAGAAGCGAGCGUACGCGGCCAAGCAACCGUCCAAAGCUGGCGGCGUCACCACUUUUUCCGGAGAGGCCAACAUGUGUCCCCGAUGCAACAAGAAGGUGUAUUUUGCGGAGAAGGUGACGUCACUGGGAAAGGACUGGCACCGACCCUGCCUGCGCUGCGAGAGGUGCAGCAAGACGCUGUCUGCCGGCGGCCACGCGGAGCACGACGGCCGGCCCUACUGCCACAAACCGUGCUACGCCGUUCUCUUCGGGCCCAAAGGCGUGAACACUGGCGGCGUCGGCAGCUACAUCUAUGACAAGGAGCCCAGUGCAGUGACCCAGCCUUGAACCCCUUUGUCCCUUCAGCCUCAUCCCUCCUCUCUACACACCACCGAUCAUCAGCCACAGUAUUAUUUGUAGCUACUUUUCCCUCCCUGACCUGCAACUCGGCUCCUGAGACGACCAGCCUCCUUCUCUCCUUUACACCCACCCGCUCCCAGCAGCCUCGGAACACAUUUUUCACAGAUUACAAGCGCGUCCCAGACAUGUGUUAUAUGUGAAUUAGGUUCACUAGAACCCUUCAGCACAUUCCCACAUGGCCUCACAUUGUGACCAUAAUAAAUAAAUCAUCAUGUUUGCCCCUGGUUACACAUCCAUAAAUGUUUAUGAACACAUUAAAUGUCAGUGCGCACAAUGAUUAAGGUUUCUAUGUUAAUACUGCACUCGGAGAACAAGGCUCUGACUUGAUGCAUGCAAAACUAUCACACGGAAAGUGAUUCCCAGAUGCAAGGACUGUGCUGACAGUAGGAAGAGCUUCACCGCAGGUGGUGCUCAGGAGCCCGAUGCCAGUACGAAUCUGUCUUCAAAUGCCACAUUGACAGUUUGGCUGCUUGGCAAAUUUCCUCAUGUGGGAGAAGAGAAUGUCUUAAAAAAACAGAAAAGGUCCAAUGGUUUAAAAAAGGUGGGAAAGAAGCAACUGUAAUAUGGUUUUCAACAGAUCCAUCAGGCUGUAGUGAGAUUUUUUUACUCUGCUGUUCUGUAUUAAUAACCAGGUUUGAGUCCAACUGGACUAGAAAAUAACGCAGACAUCUUGUCCCAGCUGUUUUAUAUAAUGUUGUUUUCAAAGGGAGGCAGAAUGUGGGCGGGGCUUUGCAGAGGGAGGGCUGCCAUUCGCUGAGGGAGAGACAUAUUUAUUGCUUUAAUUCAAGUUCUUAAAAUUUCAUUGCCCGUUUUAUUACUACCAUUUUGUGUGACUGAUCACGGAGGAGGUGAGGAGUCGGCUGUGUGAUGCUCCAGGAUCACGUUUGUUACUGUUAUAAAUAACUGCUGUUAUGUCUGUCAUGCACUAUGUGGAGUAUUCUAUUCUAUGUUUUGCCAUUAGAGAGAAAGUAGAUCAGCUUGUAGCGACGGAGACGAGAUCCGGACAAGUCAUUCUGUGAGAAUGUGCAUCAUGGCGUUGCUGUGUGUGUUUGUGACCCGUUGAUGGAACGGAUCACGGCGCCUCAGCCCCGCUCCCUUCGUCUUUUUAAUCCCUCAAAUAAAUAUGUCACAAACUCUG